ACGCAAGUCUACCUACACUUUUGCUCUUGUGCUCCAUUAUUUCAUUCCUGGUUUUGUCUGACAUAUAAGUAUCUUUUGAAUAUUUAUUACUAAUGGAUUGCAAUAAUCAGGGAUCUGUAGCCUUUGUAACAGGUGGAAGUUCAGGAAUAGGCAAAGCAAUCGUGGAAAAAAUAGCCCAACAAGGAGGGAAAGCAAUCAUCAUUGACAUCAAUGAAGUAGGUGAAGAGUUAGCAUGCAAUCUGGGAGGCAACGUAAUUUUUAUCAAAGCUGAUGUUACAUCAGAAGAAGAUGUGACUCUAGCACUGGAUGAAGCGAAACGACGAUUUGGUGGGAUAAAUGUGGUGGUGAAUUGUGCUGGCAUUGUCGAAUGGGGUGUCCCAUAUGACUUCGAAGCGAGCAAAGCAUGUCCUCUAGAGAUCUACAAGAGGGUGAUGGACGUGAAUGCCCUUGGGACAUUCAACGUGUCACGUUUAGCAGCAGGCAUGAUGGCUACGAAUGUGCCUGACGAGAAUCAGCAACGCGGCGUUAUUAUCAACAUCGCCAGUAUUAUGGCGACAGAUCCGCGGGAAGAUAUGUGUGCUUACGCGAUAAGCAAAGCAGCUGUUAAAGGAAUGACACUACCUCUUGCUAGAUGUUUUGCCACCAAAGGCAUCAGAGUUGUCUGCUUGUGUCCAGGGUUCACUGCUACUCCAAUGCUAGCUGGAUAUCCUCAAGAAGCUAUUGACCAGUUGAUGAAUAGUGUCAAUUUAUCACCAAAGAGGUUGGCGAAGCCUGAAGAAAUAGCACACAUGGUCCAAUGUAUCAUUGAAAACCCCUACAUCAAUGCUGAAACAAUUAAUAUCAGUGGUGGUUAUCAUUAUUCCAAGUGAAGACAAUUUUUAGUUUUUAAUUAAAGCUAUUAGAGUCUGGAUGAAAAUGAUUGGAAACAUUGGUAUCAUCAUGCUUGUCUACAUCACAGCUGAGAAAAGUUGAUAGUGCACGUACCUUGAGGCGUUGACUAGCCUUGCAGAGAGCCACUUUCACCCGGACGAAAAUUUAUGUAUGGAAAUGUAGGGAUGAGACAUCACGUGGAAUAUUACACACGACAGCUGGAGGCUCUUCCACGUCGACACUUUCAACGAAAAUGUAUUUUACUACUGAAAUAUAGCACUAUCAUAGCAAUACAAAAAUGUCACGAUGUUUUUUGCUUAUUUUGCUCUUCUAUUUCUAAAUUCUCAGCUAUUCUUAUCAUUUUCUUCUCCAAUCUCACCUCUA